GAAGUUCUGUAACUCCUUCACCUCCCUUCCCAUCGUUGCCUAUCCACUAGUAUCGCAUCUCCCGCCCCCUUGGCAUUCUGCUUUUCUCAUCAAUGGGCCCUAUUUGAAUAAAGUGUAAGCACUUGGAGUGGAGCCAAUCAGCUGUCAGAGGACCAUGAUACAUCGCAAUGCAUUAUUGAUAAUAAUAAUUCCUUUGACAUGCGCAUUUCUACUUCGGGGGCUAAUUUUACAACCCGAAGAAUUUGUAAAGAAGGGACGAAAAUUGCGUUACUAUUUGCUCCCGAUGGUUGCACCAUGUCGAGGCGCAAGCAAGCUAAGCCACAGCAAAUCAAUUCCGAUGAGCCCGGUUCGUCAGAAAAUGGCGUUCUACAAGACGGUCAAACUGAAGAGAAUGGAAAUGAGGUGAAGAAGUUUAGAAUGGACGAGACGAAGGUCUGCAACAAACGCUGUGCUGAAUUCAUCGAUGAGGCUGAGUUUUUCAAACAUCAGAAUAAUUGCACUAAAAGUCAUGGGAUGGUAAUCAUGAAAGAUGGAGAGGGGAGAGAAGUACCAGAUGACUUCUCACAGAGUGACUUUCAGAAAGACCACAGUGACUGCCAGUCCAGCAGUAAUACUCAAUCAAAGUCCAAUGCAGUGACUUUGGAAAGGAUGGAGGAAGAACCUAAAUCAAACAGUGAGGAACAACCAUCCAAACAAGACCAGGUGGAGAUGUCUGACAGUCCCAGGCCUGAGGUGAGUUGCCAUCAGCACCAAGCCACAUCCAAACCCCAAGAUUCAAAUGUCACCUUGGAGUCCAUGCCUGGCACCAAAGUGGCUGUCACUCAGCACUCAUCGAACAGUGGUUUGAACAACUGCAAGUCUCCACAGGCCUCCCAGGAGGCCUUGCAAGCCAUCCCUGUGAUCCUGGAACAGCUAGUGGCCCUCCAGCAGCAGCAGCUCCAGCAGAUACAACUGACUGAGCAGAUCCGUAUCCAAGUGUCAAUGAUGGCUCCACAGAGCCUCCACUCGGCCCUAGGGGCAGCAGUCGACCCCCUAAAAGCCCUAGGAGUUCAUCUCUCCCAGCAGCUCUCUGCUGCAGCAGCCCUGAUCGGCAAGAGGACUGGCAACCAGAGCCUCUCGCUAGAGUCCCUCAAACAGGGUAAACUACCUCUGUCCAAUGGCAUUCCCACCUCACUGGCUCGAGGCAUGGGGCCGAUGCCCUCCAAAGCCGAUAUGUUGAAGGGGCUCCCAGACAUGGCCAAACACCUACCAGCGAUACUGCCUCAUUCACCAGGCUCCAUGGUCUACCAAAGUCCCUUCACUAGCCUCUCAUCAGGGAUAGAUCCUUCUAAGAAAGUAAAGAGCAAGAUCCCAAAUAUGCCUGAGUCUAAAAAUGGGUCUGGUGGCGACAGCAUGUACAAGCACAAGUGUAAGUACUGUGGGAAAACGUUUGGGAAUGACAGCGCACUCCAGAUCCAUUUGCGCUCGCACACUGGAGAAAGACCAUUUAAAUGUAACAUAUGUGGAAACCGUUUCACAACCAAAGGAAACCUCAAAGUGCAUUUCCAAAGACACAAGGAGAAGUACCCUUACAUCAGGAUGAACCCACAUCCUGUGCCGGAACACCUUGACAACAUUCCCACCAGCAGCGGCAUCCCCUACGGCAUGUCAAUGCCCAUUGAAGAAUCCAACAUGGUGGACAUGAAGCCAAUGCUCGGCCUCCCAUCUCCAGGUUUCCACCCAUCAGCACUGCAGGGGUUCAAGCCUUCAUUUGAUUGUUUCAGGAGUGACCCGUUCUCCCAAAGAGCGUCAUCAGGAGGUGACUGCGUGUCAAUUUCCUCAAACAUGUUCAAUCACGAAAUGGGCUCUGAUCAGGACCACCAGGUAUCUAAAGAGCUAAUGGGAGCGCUGCAUCACAUGAAUGGCAAAGGCCUUCCUGGUGACCACAACAGCUCUGAAACUGCCAAACUACAGCAGAUGGUGGAUGGGCUGGAAAAGAGGACCAAUGACCCAAACGAGUGCUACAUCUGCCACCGGGUGCUCAGCUGCCAGAGCUCCUUGAAGAUGCAUUACCGUACGCAUACGGGCGAGCGGCCCUACAAGUGUAAGAUCUGCGGCCGUGCCUUCUCCACCAAUGGCAACCUCAAAGCUCAUUACGGUGUUCAUCGGGCCAACACGCCCCUCAAGAUGCAGCACUCUUGUCCCAUCUGCCAGAAGAAGUUCACCAAUGCGGUGGUUCUUCAGCAGCACAUCCGCAUGCACAUGGGAGGCCAGAUCCCUAACACCCCCAUGCCAGAGACCCAGCUCGAGGCCUUGGAAGAAAUUGACUCCUCUCUGCCUGACGAGAACUCCAUGGACACCAAUGGCUUUGAGUGCAUGGUAGACCAAGACGCAGAGCUUGACUCUCAAGAAAAGCCAAGCAACACCUCAGAUUCUCUUGCACCAUCUUCCUCUGAGGAACUGCACCAACCUAAUCAGGCCCCUCCAUCCUCUAUGUUCUCCAGCAUAGCUGCUCAGGAGAACCACAUGAAGAACCUCACCAUGGCUCUCAACCUUCAACGUCAAAGCAGCACUGCCUCGGAGUGUGAUGGAGUGCCCCCCAAAGAGUCCCCAUCAGCCGCCAAGUGCAUCCGGGAGCAUGAGUACCGGAACGGCUGCAGCCCUGACAUCUCAGACUCUGUCUCCUUCCACUCCUCAUCACCAGUCAACGGACUGGCUGCUGCCUACUUGGCUAAGUCCCCCGAGUCAGCCAUCCCUGAGGAUUACACUCGGAAUGGGCCUAGAACAGACUCUGACAGCAGCUCUCAGGAUGCCGAUGGAGCUCUGGACCUAACGGCACCCAGCUUUACCCCAAAAAACAUAAAAGAAGAGCCUGGCCUACCCUUCACUAAUAGAGAGUAUGCUCCCAGCCGUUUGCCUCCUUUUAUGAGGGUGCCUCCCAGUCUGGUCAAACUGGAGAGGCAGAUUCCCCCAGAGAGCUCCAUGGGCAUGGGCCCUCUAUUUGUCUCCCAGAUGCCUCAGGGAGUGGGAGGGCAGCCACGGGAUGGCUCCAGUGCUCACCGUAGAUCCAGCAAGCAGCAUCUGUGUAACUCCUGUGGCAAAAACUUCUCCUCUGCCAGCGCCCUGCAGAUCCAUGAGAGGACCCACACUGGCGAGAAGCCCUUUGGCUGCACCAUCUGUGGCAGGGCCUUCACUACAAAAGGCAACCUCAAGGUGCACGUUGGAACUCACAUGUGGAACAGCUCUGCGAGGCGCGGCCAGCGCCUCUCUCUGGACAACCCCAUGGCCCUGAUGGCGAUGAGCUCAGAGUCUGGCAACAUGAUGCCAGAGAUGAUGCCACCUCCCAAGGAACUAGGUCCUCCUCCGCCGAUGAACUUCGACCAGUCUCUGUGGAACCAGUACACUGCUGCUUUCACCAAUGGCUUGUCCAUGAAGACUAACGAGAUCUCUGUGAUCCAAAAUGGUGGAAUGCCUGGUAGCCUAGCCGGUAGUCCUAUGGUCUGCUCUACUGGAGGCCUGAUGGAAAUGGAUGGGUCCCACUCUGGCCUGCCUGCCACCAUGGCAGAGAUGGAAAGGAAUGGCUCAGAGUGUGUGGCUAGAUCUCAGUUCCAACAUUUCAUGGAGGAAGGGAAAAUUGCAGUGAACUAGUUGUAAAAUGGAAGAACAAGGCAGUUUUAUCUGUUUCUGUUUUGCUUAUAGUUUUUGUCGAUUGUGUACGGAUUUUGAAUGUUCAUAGUAGCAAUGUUAGCUAACAUUGCCACUUGACUGGUACAAUCAACACGUGCUAUUCCAACACUUUCGAGAGAUAGUCCAUAACCCUUGCUGAACAUAUUGCUGGUUGGAACUCUGACUUAAAUGAUGCAGCUCUUCCCUUUUCAUUUGAACAAUUCACCCCUUAAGUGUUAUUUUUAGUUGAAGUUGCUAAAACUACUGUAGGUGUAUUUACGGUUAUAUUUUUCUCAAUAAUAUAUGCGGGUAUUUCUGUGACACUUUUUAGUCUUGUAUCCUGAAGUUGAAUGUAUGGCUUACUUGAAACCGCUUUGAUUCAGAAUGUCUCUCUCUGACGGGAGAACCUGUAGGAUUUUGUCUAGCAUUAUGAAAGCUUCAGUGUAUGACUGAUUGUGGACACCAUUGUUUUAGUGCUGAUAAACAAGUGGCUGUCCUGAUUCCUCUACAAUACAUAACUACUUGGCUCUCGACCUAUUGUGUGCCAUAUAUUUUAUGAAAUUUGUCUAGUUUCAAAAUGGCCAACCGUCUUGCAACGAUAUUUCAUAGGAAAGUGUUUGAUAUUUCAAGUUGUCUGGAGAUGCUCUGAGGUGGUCUGCUGAGAGUUAUCCGUCAGGUGUCAUAUACUUUUGUUUGAUCCAGGCAGGCCUACUGAUUUGCUCAGUCGUCUGUUUUGGAUGUAAUUAUGUUUCCAGGUAGUUUACACAUGCUGAGACAAUAGUUUCUUUGCCUUUCUCUCUAAAACUGAAAAACCUCAUGCCAAGUGCCUAGCUUGAAUUUGAAUUGUUGCUAUAUUGUCAUUUUUUUUUUUUUAAGCACCACAAGAUUGUAAUGACAGUUAUAUUUGUCUGUGUUUUGACUGGUACUAUAUUUUUCCAUAUUGCAUUGUUUCCGGAAAUGUUUUCUGUUCACUAAUUUACAAAGAUGACUGUUUCCAUAUUUUUGCUCUCAAUAUUCCUUUUUGUUGAGCUUCUGCGUCUUUUGGUGGGUUGUGUUCUGAAGGCUAUGGUUUGCGUCCCAAAUGGUACCAUAUUCUCUACAUACAUGGGCCUUGGUCAACAGUAGUGCACCGUACAGGGAAAAGCAUACCAUUUGGACACAACACAUAAAAUGCUGAAUGCUCUCAAUCAUGCCUGCACUUUAUAUUUCUUCAAACUUUUGUUAAGCUUGUCAUUUUAAUGGUUACGUGUCAAAACCCUCAUUUACAUUUACCUUGAUCUUCAUAUAAGAGUGCACAUCAGCGAUUGUCAACUUUUCUUAGUUUGUUUGAGGACUUGGAAACAUUGACUUCAGAAUUUUACUCUAUUUAACUCAAUUCCCAGCCCUAUUAAGUUUGAUAUACUUCAAUAAUUCUCUACAUUGACUGGGACUCUACAUUAUUUUAUCAAUUAUGGAAUCUUAAACUUUUUUGUUAUUUAUAUUGUGUACGAUGCCAGAGCUUUGGGGGCUACACUCUACCUCAUUUAGAUAUUCGUUUAUCCUCCACCUACCCUCAAAGUUAACGCAAUGGGUACAUUCACUCUCUGAUACAUUCUGAGUAAGCAAUGAUAUGCUUUCAUUCUUUGCACAACCUACUGAGUUGUGUAAGUAAUGAAUGUAUCACUGGACUCUUUGCUCAACUCAGAAUGCACAGAUUAACUCUAUAAUCCUGCUGUACACCCCCCCCCCCCCCCUCAUUGAAAUGCAUUUACCAAAUUGUGCCUUCUUUUAAAAGUAAAACCAUGCAUCAGAACUGCUUUGAGGUUGUCUAUACAAUUCAAGAAAUUGAGCCUGUGUAGGCUUGUUUACAAUGUAAAUGUCCUUUUCCUUAUCACCUAAAUGUAACUUUCUGGUCUUUCUGAAAAUAGAAAUCAGGGUGAUCUUUCCUACUUUGGUUUGCAUUCCUUUGUCAGUUCCCAGCAUGCCAUGAAUUACUCUAAAAAUCGUGUUUUAUUUCAUUGUUUGUAUGAAUUUGAUUUAUUUAGUUCAGUCUAUGGAAGAGUUAGCAUUUCAGUUACAGGAUUAACUCUGCUCUGUCUCUUCAGAGCAUGGACUUUGGAUUAAUUACCUCAUGGGUUUCUUCUUGCUACUUUUCUUUAAUUUGCAUUGUGCACAUCCCUGAUUUCCAUCUUGUCUCCUUCAGAUGACUUUCUUGGAGUUGUUGGUUUGGUUGUUGAUCUCACAUGUGUCCCAGAAAUAAAUGUUUCGUCCCAGAUUUUGCAUCAACUAAAUUCAUUUGCAUCUCCAACUAGCCGUAUGUUGUCUGUUCUCAUUUUCUUCCCACAAUCAAAGCUAACUAUCUGUUUUGUAACCUCUGAUCAAAGCCUAGAGCGGUCUUCAAAUGGAUAAGUAGCCUAAUUAGUUUAUCCAACCAUAAGAAAUAAAAAAUCCCCAUGGCCAUCUGUUGUAGGUGUCCACCUAUUCCAAUUUGGGUCUCUUGACAUGUGCAGGGUCAAAACUUAAACCCAAUGCUUGAGUUAUCUGAUUCAGUGCAGUCUCGACAAGCC